AUGGACCGGAUUACGCAGACGGGCCGAGAAGUGUAUGUUGAUGUCAAGAUGAUGCAGGUUUCUUUCGACUCUCCUGCACCGCCGACCUCUGAGGCUUUGUCACGUCCGGCGGCCGCUCUCCGACCUGCCUUCAACGACUGGAAGCUGGCAAGCUGCCUUCCAUUUACCUCGGUUCCUUGGACCCUAAGAGAGAGCGCCCACAUCUCCAAGAUUCCAACAUCCCGCCCAGCAAGGCCAAACCCACUCGUGAUGUCUCUUCGGAAGAUUAUCUCGCUGCUGCUUCACACCGCUGCUGGCCAACAAAUGACUGACUCCAUAUCAAUGUUUGGUGUGCUGGUCCUGGAGAGCCAUACGGGGCGGUCAGGCACAAAGAAGCGGACCUCACACGGGCCCGGCCAGAGACGGGCGACCCUUGACACGCGCGCGCACCCAUCGGCCUGUGUGGAAGCUGACUUGCUGGACGGCGUUGAGAACAGCCACCGCCACGACAUACGCAGUAAGCGUCACGUCCCCGAGAGCCGGCACAGACAGGUUGACGGGCUGGAAAAGCAGAGCAUGGGUCAGAUACCCUAG